AUGCCCAAGGCAGAAGUCGGCAGCACAAAAUGGCUCUCCAACAACAUGAAGUCCAAGGGCCUGCAGAGGUUGCGCUGGUACUGUCAGGUCUGCCAGCGUCAAAUGCGCGAUGAGAACGGUUUCAAGCAACACACUUUAUCCGAAGGACACGUGCGCGCAAUGCUGCUGGUCGGCGAGGAUCCCAAGAAAUACAUUGCCCAGUACUCGGAAACUUUCAAGAAGGACUUUUUGACCCUGCUCAGGACGUCGCAUGGAGAGAAAAAGGUCUACGCCAACCACUUUUACCAGGAAUACAUCCACGACAAGGAGCACAUCCACAUGAACUCUACGAAAUGGCCCAGCUUGACCGAAUUCGUCAAGUAUCUUGGACGAGAGGGCAUUUGCAGAGUCGAAGAGGGAGACAGAGGUUUGGAAAUCGCUUGGGUCGAUGACAGCCCCGAAGCACUAAGACGCAGAGAAAUGGUUCGCAAGAAGGAAGCUAUGGAGAAGGGCGACGAAGAGCGCGAGACACGCAUGCUCGAAGCCCAGAUCAAGCGUGCACAAGAAAAGAAGCGACAACAAGAGGAAGAGGAUCGUCUAAACCACAGCAACCAGGAUGAAGAGGCCAAACCCAAGAAGGCUCAGGAGGGCCCCUUGUCAUUCAGUUUGGGGUUGGGAUCUAGAUCGACGACUACAGACUCUACAGAACCAGCCGUCGAGAAGGUGCAAUCUUCAACUGAGAAACCUUCCGAGGCCAAAGCAGAGCCCAUUUUGGAGUUCAAGACUGGAGACGAGAAGCCGACUGAAGCUCCCACUGCACCAAAACUUUCUCUCGACCUUGGUUCCAAGCCCAAGAGAGUCAACGUCUUUGCAGCUGCAUCCAAAUCCAAGUCUAACCUUCUCAAGGAGAAGAAGCCUGCGCAGGUGGUCGAGGAGCCCAAGAGAAUGAGUGCGGCAGAGCGCAUCAUGAGGGAAGAGAUGGACAGGAAGCGCAUGCGGGAUGAACGCCAAUCUGGCGGAGGUAAGCGACCUCGUCUUGGUUGA